ACGACGAUAAAAGUGUACGCGAACUGCCUGAGACCAGAUAUCGAAUACAAAACGCUGUCAAUAACGUACGAGACGACGUGCCAUCAAGUCGUGCAAAAUUUAUUAAACAAAUAUCGAAUGAGACAUCGGGACCCGAGAUUAUUUUAUAUGACCAUGGAAGUCACUGUCAGGCGAGCUAAUGUCAGGACUAUUUUACCGUUAGAUGAAGAUGCUAGACCCGCUGUACUACAAUCUUGCCAUCCACGUGGUGAUUCUAGAUUUUCAUUACAAACACGACGUGGAGGAUUAUCAAAAUACAAGAGCCUAUUAAUAUCAGAGCGGACAACAGUAGACGAGUUGAUUCAAAUGCUGCUGAACUGCUAUAAUUCAGCGGAGCGAGUUGAGCAAUUCUCUUUGUACGAAGUCUGCGAAGGUGAAGAAUACCAGCGUAAAUUACACCCCGAUGAUUCGCCACUUAAAGUAACGCAGAAGUGGACGAGUAUCGACAGACACCUUCGCAUACGCAGGAAUCCAGACUACGACCCACAUAGGAGAAAGAGUAUGUGGGCUUCUGAUUCAACAAUAAGUGCAGCUAUCAGUAAAAGUAACAGUUCUACAAGUGCGAGCCAGGAAUGUGGAAGAAACCAACUGACUCGCAGCACUAAAAUGUCUAAUUUAUUGCCGCAGAGUUUGCCAUCCACUCCGCUGACUUCUAAACACCUCACGGCCUCGCACUUUUCAAAUUACGAAAAUUUUUUUUACAUUUAA